UGGUUAUGUCCUUAAUCUAUUUGAUGUUUCUUAAAUACAAAAUCUGAUUGAUGUCUUUUGUUUUUGUAUUUUUUUUUUGUCUAAAUGUGGCCGGAAGUUGUGCCAGAUAAUUUGACUGUUGUUGCUCACGGAACGCUGGAUGGUGAAGGGGAGGAGUUACUGUUCGUCUUCAGCUGUGUUACCGCGCCGCGUAGGGAGACCCCAAGAAACCGAUGGACCCUACACCAACCUACACUUCAAAUAUCUGUCAUCAACAGGCUUCUUUAUGGCCGUAGCAUGUUACUGUUAUUUGUGGAGGAAAAUUCGUCGGAGAACUGUCCAUAAUGGUAAACCAAGAGGUAUUUGCACAUAGUGGAAACGUCAGGAAUUACGUCGUGGGCCCGAAGAAAAUGCCUCAUUUUUGGACGUUUGUUUUGCUUAUCUUCUCCAUUUUAUGUGAUGAGUUCUUUGCGCAAGAUGAAAACCGCGUGGUGUUCUCCUUUGGGACCUUCCAGAACGUGAGCGUCCCUGAGAAUGGGUCAGUGCAGGUGGUGGUCUCCAGGAUCCCCACGGAUGUCUCCUUCAUCACGCUGCAGUUCCACACGCAGCACCACAACGCCACGCUGUCUUACAACAGGGUCCCGCUGCCUGGCUUCUCCCUCACCGCUGCUGAUACUGGCCUGCUGUCCACCCUCACGCCCACUCAGUCCUCGCUGUCCUGGUUCCUGCUCUCGCCCGACGGAGACAUGGUGGCCGGGACCGGCGUCAUUCUGCCCUACACAAACAGAGAUCCCGUGCCUGGAGCCUGUAACAUGGAGUUCGACCUGGACAUUGACCCAAAUGUCUACCUGCACUACAACCUUUUUGAGACCAUCAUCACUUUUGCUCCAGCAAAUAUUGGAUAUGUUCGAGGGGCCAGUCCACCAGAGUGUGACGUAGACACGGGCCCAGGUACUCGCUGGCGUCUGGAGUACGACAUCUACCAGUACUUCCUACCAGAGAGUGACCUCUCGGAGCAGAGCCUCAUCGUCAGCCUGGAGAGGGUGGCCAACGUCCUGAGCCUCAGGGAGCAUGGGAAGAGGGUCAUUACUCUGACCUCCAAUGACCGAACAACCAUGGCCUUCUCCUCCAUCCCGGGGCAAGGGGUGAUCUACUCCGUCAUCGUGAGGGACCCGCUCCUCAACACCUCAGCCUCCUACAUUCCAGCCCACACAUAUGCCUGCAGCUUUGCCUCCAAGCUGGAUGACUGUGCAACUCUAGGUAAAAUAUCCACCAAAGUUUUCUUCACUAUUGUGGGUGUGGCAGGACUCAUCGUGUGCUUUUUUGGACACCGCUUCUUCAAAUGUGAGCUGUUCUGCAUGGGGUUUGCAUUUUCUGCUUUUUUCUUCUUUGUCCUCAUCACCCGGACCACCACACAGGACUAUGACAUUCGCCUGGCUUUGACGGCCCUGAUUGGCACAGUCGGAGGCGUGUUCCUGGUGAUGUGCUGGUGGCGGUUUGGCUCAGUGAUGGCUUGCGUCAUGGUGGUCGGACUCCUUCUGGGCUUCCUGCUUGCGUCAUCCGUUUUUUUCACUCCACUGGGCGACCUGGAUGUGUUCCGCUCAGAUGCGGUCUUCUGGGUGACAUUUUGCUGCUUUGUGCUCGUUGUGCCCAUCCUCUUUGUGCGCUGGCCAAGAGAGGGUAAUAUAAUCGCAUGUGGGGUGGCGGGUGCCUAUGCAGUGGUGUUGGCCGUGAACGCCUACAUAUACACCAGCCUGUCAUAUAUCACCCUGGACAUCCUGAAGCGUUUCCUAAACAACAACUUUAACCGAGCCUUCAUCUCUGUGCCCUUCCAAGACAUUGACUUCAUCCUGAUCACAGUGUGGGUAGUGCUGGGCGUCUCGGGCAUCGUCCUACAGCUGUACCGGGAGCGCAACCGCCCCUUCUUCCCACCCAGCCCUUACCUGAUGUGGCGCCAGGGACGGGAGCGGCGCAAGACCAACGUCCUGGACCCCAGCCACCACACGCCGUCCUUCCCCACCCGUCUCAUUGACCGCAUCCGCCAGCUCACCUGCCGCCCGGAGCCCGCUGGAGAGAGCACCCCCCUCCUGCUGUGACGACUUCCGGAAACUUCUGACUGCAGUGUGCAGACUGUAACAGCCUAUCUAGUAGUCGCCCCUCGAGCCCUCAAGUCUCUCAACCAGUCACAGGGCCCUGAUGGUGCUGCCCCUGUUUCAAUCCGCAGAGGUCUAAACCAGUCCCUUGGGUUUGCGAUUUGGGCCAAAUUCAAGACGGUGCUCAUAGUCAGUCUCUUUCUGUGUAGAGAAAGGGACAAAGAUGAAGAACCAUGUUUGUGCAACAUAAUCUGCUGCAGACAAACUUGUACCCAGCCCAGUGUUCCUAGCUAGACAGACCACAGAGGCAGACCCUAAACAACAACAGCAGCAACAGCAGCAGGCUGGCAGGAAGACACGGGCAAUUCCUGUGAACACUGUAGGUUUCGUUUUGACACUGCGCCGCGUGCUGUGUCACAUUGGGUAGUCAGGGUCAGGGUCUGUCCCCUCAGUGCUGCCAAACUUCGCUGUGCCUCAGCUUGGGUUUCUGGUGUUCUGCCUACUCUGUGUUUUGCGCAGACCUUAAGGGUCAUCUUGCAGCCAGCCUUCAAAUCUGCUUAGGCAGCAGAGUUUGAUCUGAGGGGCGGCCCUGACGGAAAGCCUGCACACCUGUAACUUCAGCGCCACCUUGUGGACCCGGCCGUGAAACAGCCCUCUUGGUAACGCUUCAUCCUGGGAGUAGUGCGGGCAAGAUGAAGAUGGCACCUCAGUGUGCUCGUCUGAGAGGAGUGCUGUUUUGGGGGAAUAGAGCUAGACACUUUGACACUCUCUGUCGAUCCUAGAAAGAGUAGCUAACUGGUAAGUUCAGUUAACAGCAUCCCCUCAUGAGUUUAAAAAAAAAGUGCUGUGCUUAACAGAGGCCCCUUUCUGCCAAAGACUAUGGUAGACAUUGAAUUUGCAAUACCUUUAGUUUUAACUACAUGUGGUCAAAGUGGUAUUAAAAUGUGUUUUGUUAACCAAAGGUCCAUAGCCACAUCACACUGGAAGUAUAUAUGGCAGGAGCUAGAACAAGUUGAUCAGAUGGAGAAGGCAUCAUUAAUACAAAGACUAGCCAUCAGUAUGUGCAUGUAUUAGUGUACUAAUUCAACAAUAGUGAUCAGUGUAGCAUAACCAAUGCUUUAAAAAGGGUUUUACUUUUGAACAGAUGACCACUUGAAAUCAAUGACGAAGCCUAGCCUGUUGAACUGUGGUUGUUUUUAUGACGGGUCAGUAUGUUAAUAGAUUUGACAACCACUAUGCCUAAUUUAGUUUCAUGGUGUAAGGCUGGCAUUGGGGGUUAUUCCUGUAUGGCACCAUGUUAAAUUUGAUGUCGCCUUGCCCAUUGUGAACACAUGUGCUAAUCACUGACACUUGACAGAUUUGUAGUAUUUCUGUGGUGUUUUUUUUUUUUUUUUAAUGCUCUGUAAAUCCACUUUUUAACCAUCAUGUUUUUACAAUGCCACACGUUCACUGAGCAGGGUUGACAUUUUGAUGGUAGUUAUGGAUUAUUUUCUCUAGUCUAACAGUGUUCAUGUAUUUUCAAAGAAAAAGAGCCAACGGUGUUGGGCAUGUUGUCAGCAACAGGCCUCUGAGACAGACUAGACUUGUAAUGCUAGCCAAGAAAAUCUUUGAUUUUACUCUAUAGAUUGUCCUCAACAUGGCUUAUCCUGUUGUAGGGAAGACGAGAGGGAGAAACUGAUUUUAUUACUACAAAACUGAAAUCAAACCGGCAAGGUAUUUUUUGCUGGGUUUUGAACCAAACUCAUUUAGCACUAAUGUUUGUACAGAUGCUACUCAGGGACUCAUGACUUUAUCUCCCCUCUCUACAGCCUUUAGAUAGAGAUGUAUUGUCCAGCACAACUGGACGUUUUCAAAUAGGAUGUGCCAAUAUGUUUGUGUUUGCGACAAAUUCAGGUGUGAGGCCACCUACUCAUCUCCACCUGUCUAUCCAGGGAAUUUAGUGCUGAGUCGUGUUAGAGAGUGCCCCACCCAUCUGCCGUGUCAAAGUAUGUGUUUAUGACGCAUUAUUUGUGGUGCAGGAAGGGGGCUCCAAUGGUGCAUUUUGAACACAGCAAUUUUUUAGGUCUUUUGACCGUGGAAAUGAUGAAAAGUGACAAACAUUACAUUUACAAUAGAUUUCUCACACUUUCUGAGAGGAGCUCCUAAACUCUAAGUGCCUUUAUUCCCUCUUACACGGGUUCUCAUCACAGUUAGUGUUUCCCUUUCAAUGAGCACUUCACUUGGUCCCUUUACUGACUACAAGCACUUCACUUGGUCCCUUAACUGAGUAACUUGUCACUGAAAUCCUUUCUUUGCACCUAGUUGGAUUCUGUUAAAUCUUUAAAGUAUUUGAUAUAGGUCAAGCAAUUCUUCUGAGAAUGUUAUUAAGUCCCAUUCAAAACAUACAUUUUUAAUGAAAUGUUUUACUUGUUUGUACAUGUGUGAUUGAUUUAGCUAUUUUAAGUUUUUUUCAAUAAAGGUGUAACUGUUUUCUGUA